AUGUAUGUUAACAUCAAUAAUGCACUUAUAGAGUUUGCCUUUCAGAAAUGCGGGAAAAUGUCGUCCUUGUUGUCCUCGUCUGAAUCGAAGUACUUGAAACUCAUGUUAUCAUUUGGAUUUGGAUUGAAACUCGAAUUCACUGCCAUCCGUAUACGCAUGGGGGUUGAUGGCCCGAGUGGUGCGCUGGCCGCAAACGUUGCACGUGAAGGCCACGCGCAUCCGACGGCGCGGGGAUUUGGUGAAGAGCGACCAGGGGAAAGUAGACACCCGCGCCAUACCGGAUUCAGAACCCGUACCCGCUGGGACCGUUGGGCCUUCCAUACCCGACCCGGUUGUCCAUCCUCUCACGUUUGCCGCACUAAGAACCAGCCCCAUCGCAGCAUCCUACUUUUGGGGGAAGUGGAGAAUCGGACGAUCCGCCAGGAAGGAGCGACCUUGGCCUUGUUCGGUGAGAAAAUCGGCAAAGAGACGACGCCGGCGGUGGUGGCUAGCGUUUCCAUUUCCGAUGAUCACGUGCGUAUGUCACCUGCUGCCAUUAAUGGCCAUGGGUUUGGUGGGAGUUGUAGAGAAAGUGUUGAGAUAAUCACUGUGAUGUUGGCUCGGCUCAUUCAGAAAUAA